AUGGAUGCGUUGUAUCGGUUUCCUGCCGAAGACGCGCGCUGGCAGCAGCACCUCCAUGAGGAAGGCUUCGUGGUCUUGGCUGGGGUGCUCUCUCCUGAAGAGGUCGAUGUGGGAAAAGACCUCUUGUGGACAGAUUUGGAGGCUGCCUACGGCAUAUCGCGCGAGAGCCCGGAAUCCUGGAAGAAGUGGCCACUGAGUAAAACAGGCCUCAACACAAUGAUCACACAGGAUCCUGGAGCCUGGUAUGUAAGAGCUUGCCCUGGGAUAAAGAACGCAUUCGCAGAGAUUUGGCAAUCAUCUGAGCUGAUUGUUUCCAUGGAUGCCCUCAUCAUUUGGCGGCCGUGGUGGCUGGAUGCCACCUGGUUGCCCUGUACCGAGGGCUUGCACCUGGACCAGAACCCCUUUAGCAAACCGGACCUUGAAACGGUUCAGGGCAUGGUCCCACUGAUGCACGUGACUGCUGCCACUGGGGGCUUAGAAGUGGUCCCUCGCAGUCACACUGCAGAGGCAAAGGCGCAGCUUUGCCAAGACUUCCCUCAUCUGCGAAGUUGUGGAGACUGGUGUCCCCUGUUCCGCCGGUAUGAAGAUGCCAUGCUCUUACAUGCCGAGCCCGGAGAUCUGGUCCUUUGGGACUCGCGCACGAUUCACGGCGGCCGUGUGGGCAACGGCCACAUCGGCCAAGUCGAUGCUGUACCACAAACUGUGAACUUGGCCCGCCUGUCGGUGACUGUAGCGAUGGUGCCGCGAGAGCGAGCAGCACCUGAGGUGCUGGAGGCACGGAGACAGGGUUUCAUGAAGGGCCGAACAUUUAAUCACUCGCCCCACGAAGCUGGCUCCAGCUCGGGCACAUUGGCAAGUAGAUCACAGAAGCACCACUCGCUGACUGAACUCAGUGAGUCGCAGCUUGCCUUGCUCUAG